AUGUCACUGUUUUCAUUUCCACUGAUAUUCCUUACACUUCCAAUUGGUGUUAUUAUAGUGUGUGCUCUUGCUUUGAUCAUCACAUACGCUAUUGGGGGUCUGUGUUAUUUAUACUUUAUGUACACCUUCACCAGAAAGGACAGAGACUUCUCCGGUAAACACAUUUUCAUAUACGGAGGAAGUGCUGGUGUCGGGAAGGCCCUUGCCCUCAGACUUGCUAAACAAGGCGUUCACCUCUCAAUUGCUGCCCGGACAGAUAAAGCACUCAAAGAAGUCCAAGAAGAGUGCCAAAAGCAGAAUCCGGUUACGACUUGUGACUAUUACAUCUGUGACAUGACAAAGACGGAAAAUGUCUCCGACGCCCUGAAAACCUCAAUCUCCAAAUUUGGAUUUCCAAGAUUGUUAAUAAACACUGCUGGGAUCGCACACCCCGGAUUUUUGGAAGACGUCUCAUAUGAGACGUAUCAGAAAGACAUGGACUUAAAUUACUUCGGCAACCUCAGAAUGAUGAAAGAAUCACAGAAAUUAUAUAAUGAGAGUAAAACCAAUUCUGAUGUAGAUAUAGUCUGUGUUGGGUCGUGUCUUGGACUGAUUGGGUCCAUUGGAUAUACUGCUUAUUGUCCAUCGAAGUAUGCAGUGAAAGGUUUGGUCGACUCUCUUCGCUUUGAGUUUUUAGGAACAAAAAUGCACUUGCAUUAUUACGGUCCUUCAAAUAUGGACACCCCAGGCUUCGCUAUUGAGAACAAAAAUAAGCCAAAGUUGGUGCAACAGAUGGAAGACAAUGUGAAGACAAUAACAGCAGACGAGGCUGCACACAAUUUGUUGUGCAAUUUGGACAAAUAUGUGAUAACCAGCGAACCGGAUUUGGAACUUAUGAAAAACAGCGCUACGUUCAUGUCUUCCGCUCAUGUGAGUGAUAUUUUGUCUGCACCACUCGCUAUCAUGGCAAUCACCUUUUAUCGAUGGUCCAUCGAAAAUAACAUUCUCAAAAACAAAAAGAAUAAGUCAGAGUAA